UGCCGUGGGCCUUAAAUGUCUCACGGGAUGAGACCAUAGAUGCUGCUCUUGGGAUCCUUUCUUUUGCCACCCUCCCUAGUGCCUCUGAGAUGUCAUCACUGGGCCUCUUGAGUGGUGCUGUUGAUAUGCUGCCUGAUAGCUUUCCGUUCUCUGCUCUGCUGAAAAAUAUGACCAGAGCGCUUGCCAAUGAAUCUCAAGAGAACUUACUACAUUUGCAGCAGAUCAUCCAGACAGCUGCACAGCUUUUCCAGACCAACCUGAGUGAUCCGUUUUUUACACAACAACUUGACCAACUGAAAUCCCAGAUUUGUGUAGCAGAGGGGACUGAGUUUGCCGGUCACCUCUUGGGAGCUUUCUCCAUGGAGCCUGGUCAACUCUGUGACGUUAUUAUACCAGCCCUGCAAAUAUUGUUGCAGGCUGCGCAGGUCAACACCACAGGUCUGAGUGAUGCCCUUUUCCAGGCACUAGUUGGUGACCCCAGCACCUAUGCCAAUGACACACAUUGGUCCUCUAUGCUCACUCAAAGUUUGGGCUUUGACACCAGCAGCCUGAGUUCUCUCAACAUCAACAUCACAACUCAAGGGGAGGUAACGGUCGGCGAGAUGCUGCGGAAUAAAAGUGCAUUUGUCCAGGAUGUUCAGAAGUACAUGGAUUUCGAUCCGGUUGCUCUCCAGAUGCUGAUGGAGACAAUUAUGCCCAAAAACAAUUUACAGAUCCUUUCUUGGUUGAUGAAUCUGCGUCAUUGCAAUUCGCCAGAACAUCUGAGCAUCAUAGAGCCGGAUGUGCUCCUGUUCCGAACCUUCUGUUCCUUGUCCGGUCAAGGGUGGUACACCUUCUCUCUGCUCAUGGCUCGCCAUCUCAACGUGGAAAAGUUCCUCUUCAGAAUGGUGUUGUCAGAUGAAGUUCAAAGCCUACUAGGAUUUAUGCUUCAGAUGGCCAACAAUAUCAUCAACAUGAUGGACGAUAUCCUUCCUGCCAUUGGUCAGCUGCAGGGUUACAUGAUUUCCGUCAGAGAACUCAACCUGAUGGCUGAAAACGAGUUUAACCUAGUGUCAAGAAGAAUGAAGUCGGGGCUCUCAACCCGGGCUACUUUUGUCACCAUGACUCGAGCAAUGUGCAGUUACGGUGUGAUGCCUUUUUUUGGACUUGCCAAACUUCCCCACAAGUCAGAGUCCAAUCCAUCCUUGCUGAACAGCAGUCAGAGGGACGAGAUAAUUGAGAGGUUCAAGAUUCCACGAAAUGCCACCCCUUAUUGUAUGAACAUGUACCUAGACAUGGUCAACACGACAGGGGGCGCCAUUGCAUGGGCCUUUCUCAAACCAUUGCUGAUGGGAAACAUCCUCUUCACACCUGACACACCAAUCACCAGGGCUAUUAUGGCGAAGGCCAAUACUACCCUGCAAGAGUUCAGCAACCUAAGAAGGCACUCUAACGAAUGGCUCAAGUCCUCAAACUACAUCAUGAAAUCUGCCGAAGUGCUUAACCACACUUUGCCCAUGCUUCAGAAGUCCUUAGCAAAUGGCUUUGUGAAGACUUUCAUUGAGAUGGAGACAGACAUAAAUGUUGACAAAAUGAAGGCGACGCUCAAUAACUUCUCAAACAUGACAUUGAUGUUGGAGAGGAACAAACACAUAAUGGAGCAGAUCACCACCUUGUCCACCCUAAUGGUCAACAUCUCAUCCUGUAUUAAAUUUGAUCGGUACCAAGGUUACCAAUCUGCUGAAGAGCUUGACACUGAAGCUCAGGAACUCGCCAAGGACCGCAGUCUCUAUGGAAGUGUCAUUUUCAAGCUCCCCAAAGAGGAGAACUCCUCUUCCCUGCCACCCAAAGUCAGCUACACUAUCCGAAUGCAUCUGGACAACGUCAUGCGGACAGACCGUGUCCGCAGCCCAUACUUUGUCAAAGACACCCACAUAUCUCAGCGGAAAACAAUGCGGUACAACCGGGCCUUCGUUUACCUGCAGGAGAACAUCGACCGGGCACUCAUUGAGAUGCAAACUGGAAGAGUCACAGACACGGCUGUGCAAAUUCAGCCCUUCCCAUAUCCAUGCUAUCUUCGUGAUAGGUACAUGGAGGCCAUAACCUUGGUCUUCCCGCUCAUGCUGAUGUUAGCUUGGGUUCUCUUUGUGGCUGACUUUGUAAAAAAAUUGGUUCAUGAAAGAGAACUGGGGUUGCAUGAGUAUAUGAAGAUGAUGGGCGUGAAUCCUUUUAGCCACUUCCUCGCAUGGUUCUUGGAAGGUGCCGCUCAUCUGAUGGUGACCAUCAUCAUCCUCACGCUUAUCCUCAAGCAUGGUGGCAUCCUCUCGCAUAGCGAUGGGUUCCUCCUGUUUUUGUACUUCUGCGACUACGGUUUGACCAUCCUGGCCUUCAGUUACCUGAUGAGCUCCUUCUUCGACAAGACCUACAUUGCUGGUCUUAGCGCCAGCCUGCUUUACAUUAUCUGCUUCUUCCCGUAUAUUGUGGUCAUGGCGGUGGAGACCAGUCUCAGCUUUUUCCAGAAGAGUGCACUGAGCUUAUUUUCCCCGUGCUGUUUCAGUUACGCCACUCAGUAUAUCUCUCUCUAUGAGGCUCGAGGAGAAGGAAUUCAGUGGAGCAAUUCCUAUUCCUCACCCCAAGCUGGAGACACAUCGUCUUUUGGUUGGCUGUGCUGGAUGAUGCUCUAUGACUCAUUAAUCUACUUCACUGCUGGAGCGUACAUCCGCAUGGUCUUCCCUGGCAAAUAUGGUAUCCCAGCUCCAUGGUACUUCCCCUUCACAGCCUCCUUUUGGGCUGACCUUUUCUGCUGUAUAAAGUCACAGAAGGGAGGCAAAGGGCUUAUGUUCACCAACACCAUGAAUCUAACCCUGCCUGUGUUCUCUAAUGACAAGGGGAAAGGCCAGAGCCAGCUUUUCUCUCAGACAGGCGAGGACUUCUCUCAUCUCCCAGUGGGUGUUACCCUUCACAGUCUCACUAAGGUCUAUGGGGACCGGAUGGCCAUUCAGAACCUUAACAUUUCUUUCUACGAGGGCCAUGUCACAUCACUACUAGGUCACAAUGGAGCUGGAAAGACUACUACCAUGUCACUCCUCACAGGUCUCUUUGCGCCAUCAUCUGGUACGGUUCAAGUGUAUGGCCGAGACAUGCAUACAAAUUUGGAUGACGUCCGCAAAGACCUGGGUGUGUGCAUGCAAUAUGAUGUUCUCUUUGAUCACAUGACCACCAAGGAGCACCUCCUGCUCUAUGGCCAAAUAAAGGCCCCACACUGGUCCCAGAAGGAAUUGCAUGAGCAGGUUCGAACGAUCCUGGAGGAGACGGGCAUGUACAUUCACAGACACAAGCGGGUGGGCACACUGUCUGGCGGUAUGAAGCGCAAGUUGUCAAUCUCCAUUGCGUUCAUUGGUGGCUCCCGCUUAGUGGUGCUGGAUGAACCCACCACAGGUGUUGAUCCUUGUUCCAGGCGAAGCAUCUGGGACAUUAUUAUCCAAAAUAAAAAACGGCACACCAUUAUCAUGUCUACCCACCACCUGGAUGAAGCUGAAACGCUGAGUGACCGGAUUGCCUUCCUGGAGCGAGGAGGGUUAAAAUGCUGUGGCUCCCCUUUCUAUCUGAAAGAUAAGCUGGGCCAGGGCUACAAACUCACUCUCACUAAAAAGGCGCACGUUCUUGAGUCUGACGGCUUUGAUGAUGCUGAAAUUAAGGCCUUUAUCCAAGCACAUGUACCGGAAGCACGGCUAAAAGAGACCCAGGGGGGCGACUUGGUCUACUCUCUGCCCCCAUUCACCUCAUCCAAUGCCUCCUCAUACAGCUCUCUUCUGACAGCGCUGGACGCCAAUCUGGAUGAUCUACAGUUGGGAGGCUACGGUAUCUCAGAUACAACCCUAGAAGAGGUGUUCCUCCAUUUGACUGAGGAAAAUAAAGGAAGUCUUCAUGAGGAGAACAGACCUUUUUCUAUCUCAGAGACGCUUUCAGAAACUGACUCCAUUGACACUUUCCCUGCAGAUCCAAGUGACAUGAUCCCAGGUUCUGACAAAAUUAACCUGACUAGUUCCAACAGAGCACAAGGGAUGGCCCUUGCUUGGCAGCAAAUCAAAGCUAUUCUCAUCAAGAGGUUCCAUCACAGCUGCAGAGACUACAGGGGCCUGAUCUCCCAGCUCCUACUUCCUGUUUUGUUUGUGGCAUUUGCUAUGGGCCUGGGAUCCAUCAAGAAUGAUGUGUGGCACUAUCCUGAGCUGGAGCUUAGCCCUGCACUCUACAACAUCAGACCAAGUUACUCUUUCUUCAGUAACCACAAUGGACGAUCCAGCCAAAUGGUGGACACUAUGAUGUCAUUCCCAGGAAUGGAUAACAGUUGCCUUGACCAGUCCAGUAAUCCGGUUUGCACAAUUCUAACUAACAACUUGAAUUCCGGGGGGAACAGAUCCACAUCUUUGAGUGACUGUAAAUGUACCCUUCAGGAACAGAGUUGUCAUGGGGAAAGAUUUCAGCCAGCCAGUUGGCAGAUCCCGUCUUCUCAGAUCGUUUACAACCUAAGUGGAAUCAAUGUCGAGAAUUACCUACUGACCACGGCCAAUACCUUUAUUAGAAACAGGUAUGGUGGGUUUGAAUUUGGAAUGCCGCUCCCACGUGACUUGGAAAUGGAUCUUCUACCCAAGUCUAACAAUGUCACUUUAUCUAAGGUUUGGUUCAACCCUGAGGGAUACCACACAAUGCCAGCAUAUUUAAACAGCCUCAACAAUGUUAUCCUACGCUCCAAACUUCCAGGAGAUAAAGAUCCAAAGAAAUAUGCUAUUUCAGUGUCCAAUCAUCCCUACUUUGGCCGGCCAGAUGAAGAUGACUCCAUCACUCUGGGAUUGCUCCAGAUCCUUGUGGCCAUUUGUGUGCUUACAGGCUAUUCGAUCACUACAGCCAGCUUCUCCGUCUAUGUUGUCAACGAGCGUCACAGCGGCUCCAAGAGGCUUCAGCACAUCGCAGGCAUCAGCGAGCCCUUCUACUGGGCCAUUAACUUCCUUUAUGACAUGAUCCUCUAUCUGAUUCCUGUCAGUUUGACCAUCGGUGUUGUUGCAGCCUUCCAGAUUUCAGCAUUCACGGAUCAACAAAAUUUAGCUGCCAUUUCACUUCUUCUGGUGCUCUUUGGGUUUGCCACCUUCCCAUGGAUGUAUCUCUUGUCAGGUGUUUUCAAGGAUGGAGAGACAGCCUUCAUCACCUAUGUGUGCAUUAACCUUUUCAUCAGUAUCAAUACCAUUAUAUCCACCUCUAUUAUCUUCUUUCUGGCUGAAAGUACAACACCUGCUGCAAAGAGAGAGAGCAUUCAGAAUAUCUUCAGGAUAUUGAGCGAUGCCUUCCUCAUCUUCCCCCAAUUCAGCUUUGGAAAUGGACUGAUGAAACUGGCAAGAAUGAACGUUGAGGUCCAGGUUCUUAGAGGCUAUGGCAUUGAUGCCUACAAGAACCCAUUCUCUACAGAGGUUCUUGGCUGGAUGUUCAUCUCCUCCAUCAUCCAAGGCGUGGUCUUCUUUGGGCUGCGCCUCUUACUCAACAUGUUCCUGUUGCGCAAAGUCAGGCACCUGAUUUUGGGCAGAAAAAAGGUGUCCGAGGUGGUUGAGGACGAGGAUGAAGAUGUAGCAGCUGAACGCUUGCGGGUGUCCAGUGGAGCGGCAGGUGAAGACAUCCUACAAGUUAACCAGCUCACGAAGAUCUAUCAGCAUGUCAACAAGAAGAUUUAUGCAGUCAAGAAGCUUUCUGUGGGAAUUCCUGCAGGAGAGUGCUUUGGUCUGCUGGGAGUGAACGGAGCAGGAAAAACAACCACUUUCAAGAUGCUCACAGGAGAUGUUAGCCCCACUGAUGGUACUGCGCAGAUCAGGGACUGGGAUGGGCGGCUAGUAGACAUUAUGGAGUGCCGGCGCAAGGGAAUUAACAUCGGCUACUGUCCCCAGGUGGAUGCACUGGAUAAUCUGCUCACUGGAGAAGAGCAUUUGUAUUUUUAUGCUCGUAUUCAAGGCAUCACAAAGAGGGAGAUAGACAGGGUGGUGAAGUACCUUCUAAAAAAGUUGGAGCUGAACCACCAUCGAAAUGUAAUCACCGAUGGCUACAGUUGUGGCACACGCAGGAAGCUUUCGACAGCUAUUGCUCUCAUUGGACAUCCACAAAUCCUGCUCCUGGAUGAGCCAAGCUCUGGCAUGGAUCCUCGAACCAAACGCCACCUGUGGAAAAUUAUCUCAGAAGAGGUGAAAGGAAAGUCUGCAGUCGUUCUCACUUCUCACAGCAUGGAGGAGUGUGAGGCACUGUGUAGCCGCCUCGCUAUUAUGGUGAAAGGUCAGUUCCGCUGCCUGGGCUCUUUGCAGCACAUUAAGAACAGGUUCGGCAGUGGGUUCACUGUGAAGAUGCACUUGGCAGAACCUGCCAGUGAUGUAGAGCCAAUCACUGUUUUCAUGCAGAAACAAUUUCCCAGCACUUAUUUGAAGGACCAGCACUCCUCCAUGGCAGAGUAUCAUGUUCCGUUCGCACCAGGAGGAGUGGCUGACAUCUUCCAACACUUGGAGGAUAACAGGACUUCUCUGAAGAUCAAGCACUUUUCCGUGAGCCAGACCACCUUGGAUGAGGUCUUUAUCAACUUUGCCAUGGGAAAUUUUCACAUGGAAUCCAUCUCAACUCACAGCAAAGGAGAAGAUGAUGACCUGGGCUUCAUAAAAGAAGUACAGACAUAGAGAUGGCUGCUAUGACUUCUGCAGUGAAAUGAGAACAUUAUCCCGUUAUAUUGCAUCUGUCGUAGAUACUUUAUGAGACAAUAGUAUUAGACUGUAAAUCUACUGUGCUUGGCAAUCAUGUUUAACUCUUGUAAGCUUCAAUAUAAGGAAUUAAUAUUUUUUUCGAGGUUGGUCAAACUCUAUUGUUUCUGUUCUGUUGAGAACAUUUUCAUACAGUACAAUACAUGCACAGGUGAAUAUUUAUAUAUGCAUAUUUACUUCACAUUAUUUUAGCCAACUUUAAAUUUUACCUAAUGUACUAAUUGUGAUUUGCAUGAAGAAUACAAUUAAUGACAACUUAUUAAUUGUUUUAAUUGAAAUUUAUCAGUCAAUAGCAAUAUAUGUCAACAAUCACAAAAUGUUAUACUAAUGAAAAAUAUUGUUCAUGGUCACUUCUUACUAAUUACUUACUAAUUUCGUGUUAUCUUCGUAUAUGGUGUAGUUCAUGAAUGAACAUAAAACAUUUCUUCCGUGCUUAUGAGCCAUUUAGUUAUGGUCUUGAAUGAAUGCGGCUGGAUUUUUUUUUCAUUAUUCAAUAAAACACAUUAUUCAAUGAA